ACCCAGUUCCACCUAGAGGCUCCGUGCAAGGCGCGAACUUUUCCCCCGAGAUUUGAGGGGCUGACCUUGGCCUGAACCCCUCGGGAGGACUCAAGGCACCCGUAGCCAGGACCGGGCUGAGUUGUCCGCGGCCAGCCUGGGUCAGCGGUCGGGGGCUGAAGACACCCAGGAAAAGUGGGAGCAGAAGCCUGGGGGUGAGUGCAGGGGAGCUCUGCUAGCAGCUUGUACGAAGGCUCUGGUCUCCGUUUAUUCCGGGGUGGGCCAGGGCAAGUGCCCCGACAGCUCGAAGGCGGCAGCCGAGGCCACUGUCCCUUAAGAGUGCUGGAGUCCUCAGCACCUGUCUAGGGCUUCAGCAGGGGCUGUGGUCAUGGUGAAUGAAGAUCCCAACCAACAGGAGCAAAAUGGCACGCCCGCGCAGGACCCCGCACUCCGGGUGGACCACAGCGCCUCGGGGCACCAGAGCGUGUCCACGCACCCGAGCGUGUCGAUGCACCCGAGCGUGUCGGCCCACCCCAGUGUCUCCAUCCACCCCACCGUGUCGGCCCGCCCGAGCAGUUCGGCCCACCCCAGUACGCUGGCCCAGUCCGGUGGCUUGGCCCGCCCCAGUAGCUCGUGCCCCGAGGACCUUAGUGUCAUCAAGGUGAGCAAGCGCCGUUGGGUGGUGGUCCUGCUGUUUAGCUGCUACUCCAUGUGCAACGCCUUCCAGUGGAUCCAGUACGGCUCCAUCAAUAACAUCUUCAUGCACUUCUACGGGGUCAGCGCCUUUGCCAUCGACUGGCUGUCCAUGUGCUACAUGCUGACCUACAUCCCUCUGCUGCUGCCCGUGGCCUGGCUGCUGGAGAAAUUCGGCCUGCGCACCAUCGCCCUCACAGGGUCCGCUCUCAACUGCCUGGGGGCCUGGGUGAAGUUGGGCAGCCUGAAGCCGCAUCUCUUCCCCGUCACCGUGCUGGGCCAGAUCAUCUGCUCUGUGGCCCAGGUCUUCAUCCUGGGCAUGCCCUCCCGCAUCGCUUCAGUCUGGUUCGGGGCCAAUGAGGUGUCAACGGCCUGUUCCAUAGCUGUCUUCGGCAAUCAGCUUGGAAUUGCAAUUGGGUUCUUGGUCCCUCCUGUUUUGGUACCCAACAUCGAAGACCAGGACAAGCUUGCCUACCACAUCAGCAUCAUGUUUUACAUAAUAGGAGGCGUGGCCACUCUGCUUUUCAUCCUUGUCAUCAUCGUAUUCAAGGAGAAGCCUAAACAUCCCCCCAGCAGGGCCCAAUCCCUGAGCUACGCCUUGGCGUCCCCCGAUGCUUCGUACUUAAGUUCCAUUGUCCGGCUCUUCAGAAACCUCAACUUUGUGCUGCUUGUCAUUACCUACGGUCUGAAUGCUGGUGCUUUUUAUGCCUUGUCAACUCUGCUGAAUCGCAUGGUGAUCUUGCACUACCCGGGGGAAGAAGUGAAUGCUGGAAGAAUCGGCCUGACCAUCGUCAUUGCAGGAAUGCUUGGGGCUGUGAUCUCAGGCAUCUGGCUGGAUAGGUCCAAAACCUACAAGGAGACAACCCUGGUGGUCUACAUCAUGACUGUGGUUGGCAUGGUGGUGUACACAUUGACCUUGAACCUGGGACACCUGUGGGUCGUGUUCAUCACUGCCGGCACAAUGGGCUUCUUCAUGACGGGCUACCUCCCCCUGGGAUUUGAGUUUGCUGUGGAACUGACAUACCCAGAAUCAGAAGGCAUGUCGUCUGGCCUCCUUAACGUGUCUGCCCAGGUAUUCGGGAUCAUCUUCACCAUCUCCCAGGGUCAAAUUAUUGACAACUAUGGAACCAUGCCCGGGAACAUCUUUCUGUGUGUGUUCCUCACCCUUGGAGCAGUCCUCACUGCAUUCAUUAGGGCAGAUCUCCGGAGGCAGAAAGCAAACAGAGAAACUCCUGAGAAUAGCACGUCACUGUUGUCACAGUCUGCUGAGCAGCGCCCACUCCUUGGAUCCUGAGACAAGUCCUGAGACCCUGGCUCCACUGCUUUCAGCCUUGGGGUCAGUGGCCGGAGAGGAAAGGUGGGAGCCUACCUCGACCACAGUGGUGGUGGACUCAAAUCAGUGGCUCUCCUGGCAGGUUACAGCCCCUUAGGCAGUGCCAUGGGGAUGAAGGGACCUGCACCAGUGGACUUCCAGUAAGGCUCUAACAGGAGAAGUCGGGAAGCAAGAGCUGAUGGUGAUAUAGGGGGAGGAGUGAGUAUGAUCUAGAACAGAAGAGGGUUUCCCAACUGCUUUAGUCAGCUGGGAACUAUUUUAACCAAAAUGUUAGGCAUCAGAUCUGAGCCAGGAUGAAAGCGAUUUCAAAUCUGAGGAGUAAAAGUGGGAUAUUACUUAAAAAACAAAUAAACACCCAAAACCUAUUACAGAAGUAAUACAUGUUCUUAGUAGAAAAACUAAAAAAUACAGAAACGCAUACAAAAUUUAAAAAUCAUCCUGUAUCAUCACCUAGAGAUGAAAUGCUGGUUGUUUUACAAUUACUUAAAUGUUUAUAUCUACAUAGAAUAUGUAUGUGUAUAUAUUUUAUAUUUAUAUAUGGAUAUGUGAAUAUUUUUAAAAGAAAAAUGGAAUCUUCUAUCGCUUUUUUUUUACUUGUUGUGAACACUUUAUCAGGUCAUUAUUCUUUUACAAUACACUUUUUUUUGUCUUCAAGUUUCUUUUUCUUUAAUGUUUAUUUUUGAAAGAGAGUGCGUGCCCAAGCAGGGAGGGGGCAGAGAGAGAGGGAGACAGAGAAUCCCAAGCAGGGCCCAUGUUGUCAGCGCAGAGCCCGACACAGGGCUCAGACUCACUAACUGUGAGGUCAUGACCUGAACCAAAACCAAGAGUCAGACGCUCGCUCGACUGAGCCAGCCAGGCGCCCCUAUAACAUACUUUAAAUGACUGCACAUUUUUAAUGUGCAGUGUUUAAAUGAGCGCACAUGGGUAAACUAUGAUUUAACAGUUUUCCUGUCUGUAGACAUUAAGGUUGUUUCCAAUCAUUGUUAUAAACAAUAUCGUGAGUAACGUCCCGGCGGCUGAAUCUUUGCGCGUGUUCUUAAGCACAGGGUUUCCUUGAGAAAUGGAUCCAUGGUCACGCACAUUUUAAAGACCUUGAUACAUGUUGCCAAACUGGUGUCUAGAAAGGUACUAUCAAAACUAUCAAUUUGUAUUGCUAUAGCAGUGUAUGAGUACCAAUGUUGAGGAUAUAUCGUUUUGGAAAACUUUGCCAAUUUUCCAAGGCAAAAAAUGGUAUCUGAAAGAGGUAUAGUUAGCAUUGUAAGGAUAUGUGUUGGCAGAUAGAUGAUAACCUUUAGUUCUCUAUUAUUUGUCUUCUGAUAUCACGCUGUAGAGUUGGCAGGCUGCAGCAGGGAGCAGUAAAUUCAGCGGGGAGGCAGGGAAAGACUCGGAGCAGAAAUGCCAUUCUCCAGACUGGCGUGAGGGCUGUGGCAUUGCCACGGCAGAGAUGGGCUUUCACCUGUGCCCAUGUAAAGGAAACGAUGGUUUGGAACAUUUUGGUGAAUACGUAGUGAGCCUGGGUAAUAAAAAAGGAGAGCCGGUAACAAAACAGGAGAGAUUUCUUGGGAGAAGGUUUUAAUUUGGAAUGUGACAUAUUGUGUCAAGUGAUAAGAGAUUUUGUUUACUCUGUAAUCUGUGUUUAUGUUGGCAGACAUGGGCAAACACGAGGAAAGAAAAGGUCACCUGUUAAUCCUAGCACCCGGAGAUAACCUAGUAACAUUAUAGUCCGUUGUUAAAGUUGUUUUCUUUGGGUUUGCUUGUGCAUAUUGGUUUCCCAGACUGAUUGUUUACUUAAUGUUAGCUUGUCAACUUUUCCCCAGUUACAUCCUAUUACAACUCUCUAUUUCCAUUUCCUCUUGUUUAAUACUUAGGUUGUUCCACUAUUUCAUUAUUAUUGCAGCGGCAUCUUGGUGCACAUAGACCAGGUUUGUUAAUCAAGGUUGGAGUUGUUGGCUUACUCACCUUCUGGAUGGGGCAUUGGAAGUAGCACUGAGUAGGAAGAGGAGACAAAUCUGGGGAUUGUGCUCAACCGUCUGUGUCCCUGGAUAACUCACCAUGCAUCUUUGGACCUCACUUACACCUGAGGAGGCUUAUUGGUAUGGGAAGGUCAGAGUCAUGGUGGGUUGACACCCAGGGAAGCCAGGGCUGUUACAGAGCAUCCCUCCACUGGAGCCCAACACUAAAACCCCACGGCUGUCAGUGUAAGUGAGACCCGGCCACCACCACAUGAAUUCAUCAUCAGAGCCAGGUAAAAAGACAGGGCGCCCGGCAGAUGUGGCCAGAGCUUCUCUUUCUAAUCUAUGAGAUGUACAGUUUUGGAAAAAAGAGACAGAACUGGCUUGGGGCUAAUGACUAACUUCGAUGAUGAAAAUCUUGGUUUGGGUUUCCAUUUUUCUUCCAGUUGGUAGUUCUCAGCCAAGAGACGGUGGCUGUACUUCUGUCCCCACUAAGCUGGGUUUCUGGUUGUGAUUUCAAAGUGCCAGCUUUGGAGAGGGCAGGCAUGUGUGGGCACACACGUGUGUGUCCGCGAGAGGAGAGAGGCUGCCUGGUCGACUUAAGCAGGCCGCUGUUGCCUGGACGAAGGCUACUCAUGGCUGAGGUUGACCUGGGGCCAAAAAAUUAGCAAGAGUGAGAAUGGGGAGGUUGGGUUUCUACAGCUGUUGACGUACGUUAGCCUCAAGACAGUCCCUGGGGGAGAAGCACCAUUUGUCCAGUUGGCACUGGACUCUAGCUGGGCCUGUAGAUGUUCCUCUGGCUCUUGAAUGGUGGUGGGGGCAGGGCUGGGCCUGUGCCAAGGUCUUCUCACUAACUGGAUGCACACUCGAGGUAAGAAGCAAGGCACCGCAUGGACUUAGGGACCCCACAGGAUGACUUCCAGGCCAUACUUAGUUCCAACCCCACCUCACAUCCUUUCCCCGAGAAAGUCAAAGCCGCACUGACCCCAAGUCUUCUUCUCUAGGCAUAAAGGGUAUAGAGAUAUUUUUAGCCAGUGAGUUUAUAUGCAUCCUGCCUUUAUACAGAUUCUCUUCGAUGCAUCCAUUCCCUGCACAUUAUCCUAAUACUCCUCGUCCUGGGGGCUGCCUCCAAAGGAAGGUAGUCAGAAAUUCCGUGGGAGUUGCAGACCCGGCACUUUGGAUAGCUCCUUGGUGGCCAGUCCAGAUGAGUUUUAGGCUGUCAGAAUGGGGAGGAGAGCGGGCUCUGCUAUUUCAUUCCUGACAGGGAGCCUGGAAUGGCACUUGGAACAGGAUGGUUUGUGGUCGCUGUGGCAUCAGAGAGAGAUGGCUUUCUUGGCUUUUUUCUUUGAGGAUGCUGUGAUGGUGUGUGUGUUUAAAGGGCACGCUGGCAAGGACUGGUUGCUUUUCUUCCCUUUUACUCUUGGGGCCGCCGAGGGGCCUCUGGCUCUUGGUUUUCCCACUUUGCCACUGAUUAUGGUCACUAACAGGCAGUCGUUCCGGCCCAGGUGGAGUCUUGCCCCUCUUCACCCACAGGGUUGCCUGCUUGUUUUGCCUUGCAGAAACUCCAGGAGGAGGGGGAGGAGGAGGAGGAGAGCAAUGCCAACAAAGUACCCACCAUUGUGUCUGAGGAGCACUUCUGAGAGAAGAAGGUGGUGGCGACUCAGGGAACACCGACGGCACCCCCCCCCCCCCCCCCCCCCCCCCGCCUCUUCGGUCAGCAUUCACUGCCAGCACACAGGUCUUCACCGGAGCAGCUUUUGGAGGGAACCGGCUGGAAUAUCUGUGGCUUGGAUGGCGGUGCCUCUGCCUCCUGGAACCCAUUCAAGAGGCUGCAUGGUCUGGUUGGGGACGAUGGCACCUUUCACCAAAUGCACACUCCAUUCCCGCCCCCUCCCCCUCGUGGGUUAUGGGAGCUGGUGUUGGGAGAGGCUGGUGGAGAACGGUGCUGCCCUGUCUUCCCCCUUCCCCUCCAUCCUGCAAAGAGAGAGCCUGCGAAAUUAUUGCGGAAAGGAAGCUUAUUCAGUAUACUAACUUUUUCUAGUGUCUUAAGACCCUUAGAAGCCCAGUCCUAAGGAGAGGCAGCUGCUCCGGAUGAGGGGAAUUUGGGGGUCACCGGCCCGGCUGCUGACGUUCUGUGGGAAAAAGCACCAUCAGAAAAAAACUGCAUCAGAACGAAGCCGUCAGGACUCGGCCUCGUUUCUCCUGGCCUGAGGUUGGGGUCUGCUUCCAAACCCUUUCCUAAGAGCUGAUCAAACCAAACAUCAAUAAACUUGACAGAAAUUUUGCUGUGGCCAUGAAGGAGAAACCCAUUUGGGAGAGUGAGCUGCCUAGGUGUGUGAGGGCACCUGUGAAGGCAGUUGGGGACCGUGGUAGCUUGAUUUGGGACUAAGUUCUUUUCUACAGAGUCUCUGCCCAGGGACUUCCGUGUGGGUCACAGUCACCUCUGAUGCCUUCAUGUGGACACUACCUUGAGAAACUCCGUCAGCCUCCGCACUUGCUUUCUCUGAAGGGAGGGAAAUCCCAGCCAACUUCCUGUAACCUUUACUGAGAGCUAACCUUGAUUCAUCCCACGCUGAGAAAUCCACAGCUGCUUCUGCGAGAUGAGAGGAAAGGGGCAGAAGGGAACUGGCCCUUGAAAUGGGAAGUGAGUCUGCUUGAAUUAAGUGCACCUGCCUCCGGAGGGGACAGUAUUCUUACACCCACCCCCUCUUCCUGCCCUCUUCCAGCAGUAAUCUUUUUUUAAAUCAGAUAUUGUGAAUUUAAAGGGAGUCCCUUUAAACCAACCCAAGGUGACUUCCUCUCCUGCCUAGCCUGCUGUCUGGCUCUACUCAUGGCCUUGGGUGGUGUCCCCUGAAAAUAAGACAUUUCAGUAAUUUCUCCUGCGUGGUGAACAGCUGUGAUCCUGACCAUGGUGCUGUUUGGCUGUGGCCACUGCCCCAGCCUUGGCAAACGGGAGCAGCCUGGGUCGGUUGGCAGCAGUGCCGGGGUGCCCGGGCCACUGCCUGAGGGGAGUCAGGUGUGUGUGUGUGUGUGUGUGUGUGUGUGUGUGUGUGUGUACGUUCUGGGUAAUAGAAGAAGUUCACACUUCUGGUGGGGGGAGUGAUUGGGGGUGGAAGCGGAGUGGAGAGAAAGCGUGUCUUACUUUUGAUAAGGAAAAGGUGCUUACUCUUCAGCUCCUUCAAACUCUUUACCAGAAUGUUUACCAGAUCCAUUCGUUCCUUUAUUUUAAGAACAUAAUUUGUAUUUUCUGUUUGUAAUGCCAGAUGUUUUAAGGCAAUAAAAGAUUCUCCGAGUGGUCCGCCUUGUCAUCGGGUGGGGGCGGAGGUGCCUUUUGGCACAAGAAUGAGAGUCUUGCCCAUUUCCGGUGCGGGAGGGGCUGGGGCUAGAGGAGCAACUCCUGUGGCCUUCUGCGGAGGUGGGUCCUCUGUUUACGCAGAUGUUACCAUCCCAGUGGGUUACUUUUUAAAGACAAGGCAGUAAAAGUGAACGUUGGCCUACGUGGUGCCUGGCAACUCGGUGCCCAGCACGUGACCCUGACCGCCUUCUGUGCUGGGUAUAUUUGCAGACGGUCCACUCGGGGUAACCGCUGAUACAGAGCCCACUGUGGUUUCUGGCUCUGCCUCAAAGCGUGGCCGAAGUAUUUGUUCUAGGACUGUACCAUCCUGCCCUGGUCAGAGUCCACGCUUUCGGCAUCUGCCGUGGUGCUGCCACUUUUCUUCUGAUCUGUCUGGCCAACUGCCACUUCUCCCUUCCCAGGUGCGUUCACCCCGUACUGUGAUCUGGACAUGCUGCUGUUGGCCUUCUGUGCAUUUCUUUCCUGGAAAUUGCACCGUGUCUGUGGCAUUCUGGGACCAUUAUCUGUUAGCAGUUCUUAGCUGGAGAGACAUUACGGAUUCUACUUUAAAUCAUCUCGGAAGGGAGCCAAGACUGGCGGUUAAAGAAAUAGAAUAUUCAUAAUAUCUUCCAACUACUCUAAAUCGUCUCUUUGGAUCCUUUGGGAUCUUGUCUUUGAUCACCUGGAAUCACAUUUCUAUGACGUAUGCUCAGAGGAUCCGCAUCCAACUCAUGCAUGUUUUCAAUUCACUUUCUUAGGUGGGCUCCAUGUGGAUCUACACUUACAUGCAAACUCUGCAAAAUCAUUGCUUUUACUACCUCCUUAACAGUAGUUGGUGAGGGAGGGAUAGUCUGUAUCCCUGAACUAUUUUUCUAGACGUAGUGUUGGCAUGUGAGGCCUGGUAUUGCUGCAACCGCUUUUGGCACCAUAAAGGAAGCCAGCCUGAGGAUGAAACCAACACAGGAGGGCAGAGCGGAGUCAGAUCAAACCAUUCCUGAAGCCUAUAAUCCACUGAACUUUUCAAUUUUGUGAGCCAAUGUUAUCUUUAUUGUUUAAGCUAGUUUCAGACAGUUUUGUUCUUUUCACCUAAAAAGCCUUAACUGAUAGAGAAUUCCCAGUGCAUUUAAGUAUUUAUUAAGCUUAAAGUAUUUAACUUUAAGCUUCCUAUCCUGCCUUUGCAAGUCCCCUGCCUCCCUGACCACUCAACCUUUCUCUUCCCAACUUCUCUACUUGGUUUUUACUCCUUCAACAAGAUGGUUCCUACCUUCCAGAUGCUGUUCCCUCUGCCCUAAAUGUCUGCCUCCUAUAUGAAGACAUCUAGUGCCUGGGCAUUCAAGGCUCAGCUCAAAUCCCAUCCCCUCAGGGAGUCCUUUCCUGACAAUCUGAACUGUGCACCCCCUACCUUCUUGAUCAUAAAACUUUGUAUUCUAAAUUUUUUUUUUUUAACGUUUAUUUUAUUUUUGAGAGAGACAGAGACAGAGUGCGAGCUGGGGAGGGGCAGAGAGAGAGAGGAAAACACAGAAUUGGAAGCAGGCUCCAGGCUCUGAGCUGUCAGCACAGAGUCCCAUGUGGGGCUCGAACCCACAAACUGUGAGAUCAUGACCUGAGCUGAACUCGGCCGCUUAACCGACUGAGCCACCCAGCGCCCUAAAACCUUGUAUUCUAGAGUUCUUAGCGUCUGAAGUUGUUUUCGUGUGUUGCUUUAUUGAUUGUCCAUUACCCUGACUUCACUGCAAGGGCCACAGGAACAGGGACAUUGCCUGGGACAUCAUUUCUCUUUCUCAAGUGUCUGGCCUGGAGUUAAAUGUUCAAUAAAUACUUUAUUGAUGUAA